GACCAUCCUUCAGUGAACCCCAGAUCCCCUGAAUUGUGUCUGGGAUCCUAAUCCGCUUUGCUUGUGCUCGUUACCCGUCGUGUUGCAUGGCCGCUGCGUUCCUGUAGUAGCCUGCGAGUGAGGCCAUGGCCACCCGCCUUCCUCCUCUAACCGAUGUCGCUGCUUCAGCGAAUCCGGAAUCCUCCUCAAUUCCCUCCGCCUCUUUCUCCCCGUCCGCUGCGGCUGCUGCUGCUGCUGUUACACCCUCGACAGUUCAAGGCCCAUCCACCGCCGCCCCGGUCGCCACUCCCGGGUCCGAUGUGGUAAAACUGGAGGACUCCCCCACACCAUCCGCAUUGACCUCCGCGGACGCAGAAACACCCGCACCGGAUAACAGUGGAACACCGGCAACAGGCGCAGGUCGCAAACGCAAGCUUAACUGUACCUCAGCGCGUGGUGUAGCGAAUCUCACCCCUGAGCAGUUGGCGAAGAAGCGCGCGAACGACCGGCAGGCCCAGCGCGCCAUUCGCGAAAGGACGAAAGCUCAUAUCGAUUCCCUGGAACAACGAGUCCGAGAUCUUUCGUCGCAGAAGCCCUUCUUGGAUCUUCAGGCGGCUUUGAGGCAAAAUGAAGUCAUCCAAGCAGAGAAUCGGGAGAUCCGACAUGGACUGAAAGCGAUCAUCGAUAUAAUUCAGCCUUUGUUGGGGCAACAAGAGAAGCCGAAUACUUUGACCGCGACGCCUUCGUCAACCAACAAUCGAAUCCCCCCAAUAACAUCGACGCCGCCGUUGUCCGAUGCCUUCCGUUUCUCAGCCAAUACCCAGAGGUCAGCCCCUGGCGAGCACCCGUUUGCAGAGUCCGCUACGAAUCCCGAGGCAUCUUCUUCCACCGCACAUGCGGCCUUUGCGUCCGGUACGGGACACCGUGAGAUAACAGCGACAGGCCCAGCUUCUUUCCGCAUUGCGUUCGACUACCAGCGACACAACCUGGCUCACGGUCUGGACUUUGGCGGGACUGAUGAACGAAUGGGCUUUAACUUCCUGCUUGACGCGUCGCAGCAGGUCCCCAAAGUGGAGGGCUUUCGACGCUCAUCAGAGACACUGAGGCCAUCGUCGAAUCCAUCGCCAACCUACCCAUCCGGUGUUCAUCCUUCUAUGGCAGAACAGCCACUGCCUGCCUACCUGACCCCAAUUCGCAACGUCGCUCCGACAUGCACGCUGGACGCCAUUCUGUUGGAUUUUCUUCAUAAUCGACAGCACCAAGCAGCGAAGGGGGUUUCAAAGCAGAGCCUAGUCGGACCUUCUUACCCCAGCGUCUCCUCCCUCCUCAAUCCAGAGAAAAGUGUUUACUCGCAUCCCUUGUCGAAAGUGUUCACCGACAUCUUGCGGACCUUCCCAGAUAUCUCAACCCUCCCAGAACAAGUGGCUGUACUGUUUCUCAUGUUCCUGCUCAUGCGGUGGCAGAUUUAUCCGACCCCUGAAAAUUAUGACCGGUUGCCCGAGUGGCUCACUCCUCGCCCGUCGCAGCUUCUCACAGCCCAUCCAGCUUGGAUUGACUAUCUGCUAUGGCCGCGAAUGCGAGAUCGCCUGGUGAUGUCGUACCAGGAUUACCCCUUCGAGAAUUGGUUUAUUCCCUUCACACGUACGCUAUCUGUGAAUUGGCCCUAUGAAGCGACAGACUGCCUUUUGUCUUCCGGUGACGGCGACGAGCUUAUGGUCAAUCCCGUCUUUGAAAGACACUUCCGCAAUCUCAGUAACUGGUCGCUGGGGCCCGCUUUUGCGGAAGCCUAUCCUUCCUUGGUCGAAACCACAAGGAUCAAAGCUUCACACUAAUGCAGACGGAUUAUCAGCCAUCGCUUGUCAUCGAUCAAGUUAGAUGCUGCAUCUUCAUGACUUAGACGUUGGGCAUGACAAGCUGUUUUCGACUUUGGAGUUUAUCUACUU